AUGGCGCAUCGCCUGCUACUCGUAUACCUCACCACCGCAGCAGCAAUAUGCUACUACCCCAACGGCAACAGCGACGACAACCCGCUCAACGGACGGUGCGUGUCCCUCGAGGGCCAAGCAAGCGCCUGCUGCGCCAUAAACCGGGCGAACCCAUCAGGAGGUUCAGCAGACGCCUCAACCGACGGCCAAACAGCAGACCUGUGCAUGAAGAACGGCCUAUGCAAGAACAUCAAGACGGAGCAGCAGAACGGCAGAAACGUCACCCUCACCUCGUACUGGCGCGGUCUCUGCUCGACCCCCGAGUGGCCGGAGGCGAACUGUGUGGAUGUUUGCAGCUCUGGAUCUACGGCCGGGUCGACGACACAACUGACACCCUGCGAUGGGACGGACAAUUCGACGGAAUGGUGCUGUGGUGAUAGCGAUGACUGCUGUGGGACUUCUUCUUUUACUAUUGCCCCUGUGCUCGCUGCUCUGGCUGGCCCCUCGUCUACGUCUACAUCUACGUCUACUUCCACGUCCACUACAGCAAAAGCAACACAGUCAGCACGCACGGACUCAAGCCUAUCAACAGGCGCCAUGGCCGGAAUCGGAGCCGGUGCUGGGGUCGGCGUUGUCAUAUUGGGCGCGCUGGGAUAUUUCUGGAUGCGGCACCGGAAAGCAGCCACCGAUAAGGAUAUAGACAUGGUUUAUUCACGGGAUCCACGCAAGGAAAUGGCACCGGUUGAGGUUGAGGGGUCGAAUAUAGAGCCAUGUGAGUUGAAUGCUGGCGUGAGGCAUGAAUUAGGGGAUCGAUAGUGUAUUCAUUAAAGCGUUGGCAGUUCUUUUAAUAAUAUAAACAGGGAUCUACGUAGCACUCGAGGGUAAUCUCGCUAGCCUUUAUUACUGACAUGGAUUAUUUUGAUAGUAUAAUAACAGUCCGGGUAAAAGCGGAAUGCGCGUUUUACAACAGAUGAGACCGUUGCACUGAU